AAUAUGUACUGAAGACUUGUUUAAUAAUUUUAGUUGAUCAACUAUUUCAAUUGUUUCGCGAUGACAGAUGGAGCAUAUUGAGAAGGUAGAGUUGCUCUACGUAAAAAGGAGUGUGACAAGUAGCGAACUGUUAUAAAUCAUUUAGCGAGUUAAUAAAGAAUUUGAUCAAAAUGGCCAUGCGAAACUUAACAGAACCAUUUAUUUUAAUGCGAAAUAAUGCUUUACAAAGCAAGCACAUAUAUGCCGAACAAAAUUUGUCUGACCGAAUGGCACUAGUGGCUUCGGAUUCUGGUACCUCGGACAACGUCGAAUUAAAAAAUGUUAAUUUGGAAAGUAACGCACCACCUGUAUGGACAGAUGCCUUGGAGGAGACCCAAUACAUUUUAAGUAGAUUGCGUGUCAAAAUAGACAGCUUAGUAGAGCUACAUGCUAAACAAUUAACUAGGCCGACAUUAGAUGAUACAUCACAGGAAGAGAGACAAAUGGAACAACUGACACGAGAAAUAGGACGUGCAUUUUCUAGUGGUUAUCAUCAAGUACAAACAAUAAAAACUGCAGCAAGGCAUGCUACUGGAUCUGUGGAACGUCAAUUAGCCAUAAGCGCGGUAAUGGCACUUUCAACAGCUUUACAAGAGCUGGGUCUUCGAUACAGAUCAGCUCAGAAUCACUAUUUAACACAGGUAAAGUCAAGAGAAGAGCGGAGUAACCAAUUUUUUACAGAAGAUCAGUCAAUAUUUUUAAAUAAUGCUGCAGCAGACACAUGGUUAAUGGAGUCAAACGAAACAAAUUCAGAUUCUUGGGAUAAUAGAGAACAACAACAACAAGAUUCUGUACUUUUACAAUUGGAGGAUCCUGAAGAUAGAAUGAAAUUAGCCAUAGAAAGAGAAGAACAGAUUGGCAACAUAGUUCAAAGUAUAGCAGAUCUCAGGCAUAUAUUCAAAGAUUUAGCAAGUAUGGUGCAGGAUCAAGGUACCAUUUUGGAUAGGAUCGAUUAUAAUAUUGAACAGACACAGGUACAAGUACAGGAGGGUUACAAACAACUGAGAAAGGCAGACUCUUAUCAAAGAGCCAAUAAAAAAUUGUAUUGUAUAGUCGUGCUUGCAGGCGCCAUUAUUCUAGUCAGUUUUCUUUUUGUCGUAUUUAAAACAUGAAAUUUCUAUUUCAAUUUGCAUGAUUGCAUUUUAGUAUAUAAUUUGUUAUUAAUUAUUUUUGUAAGAAAUGAAAAACAUACAUGCUUACAUAAUGUAUAAUUUGGGCAAAAAAUAUUUUUCGAUAAAAUACUCUGGGAAAUUUCUGAUACAACGUAAACAGGAAAAUAAUGUGAAACAUAAUUAAGCAGAUAUAUAUUUUAUUUUUGUGACCAUAUCAA